AUGGUCGGCUUCCAAGAUGACCGCGUCGGGCUCGACUGCGCCGCACUGGAUAGUGCUUCUGGCCCUGCAACGCGGACGGCCACCCCAUUCACCCCCUCCUCGUCUAUGCCAUCCCCGCGUAUGCCCUCGUCACCGUCUAUGCCCCGCUCGCCAUCCACCACUUCCCCCUCCCUUAUGCCUCGUUCCUCGCUGCCGGAUGGCCCUAGCCAACGGUCCAGCUCUAUGCCUCCGUCCAUGCGCGGGCUGCCUGCGCCGUCCAUCAUCGAUGUGAUUCCGGAGCAGCCUGGCGGCUCCACAACGCUGCCGGCACGCCUCAUGGACCCUUCUGCAAAGGAGCCGGGGGAGUGCGGCCGCUCUCCCAGCCCGCGACCAAGACUCUACAAAGGUCCCCCUUCAUCCGUCAUCAAGCGCUGCUUGAACUGCUGGGCCUGGGGCCACUCCACCGACACUUUCUUUGUCACGACCGAGCCAUGCGUCCGGCGUGGCGAGGCUCACGACGUUCGCAUCCACAACCGCUCCGCAUCCUGCUGCAGAGACUACCCCGACAGCGACCAGAACGCGCGCCCCUGCGCCCCGUGCUGCCGCAACUGUGGCGGCAAGCACUACGCGGAUAUCGAGCAGAGUGCGAGUACGGGCGACACCGCGCUGAUCGCAGCUAUGGUCGUACCCGCUUGGCUCGGCGUGCCCACGCCAUCUCCACUAAUCACGCCACUCACGAGCUCGGACCUAACGGCUCUUCUUCCUCCGCCACCGCUGCAUCCUUACGUUUCGGCCCCGCAGACGUGCGGCUCUUCGACGCUCUAG